CAAUCUAGGUGUCGUGUUUUACUCAUCAGAACCAAAACCAUGGCGAAUGCUAACUUUCUCUCUCUGAAAUUCUCUUCUACCCAAGAAACUGAUCUUCUAGCCCGAAGCGUGAAAAGAGUUAAGGGACCUUCUGUAGACGUUCCAUAUUCUUCCAAGGAAGAAACCAUGGCGGAGGCUGCCUCUACUGCCCCGUCAUAUAGGGACAAGCUCCUCCUUGAUGGGUUGAUCGAUUCCUCUAAUGUCGACCUCUCUUUUGAUGCUAUUCCAGAAUACUUUGACGAGGACUCUGAUAUCGAUGAUGACCCGAAUGAUCCAGCCCCAAUUGUCUUGUUUUCUAAAGAAGACAAGAAGCGGAUGAGGGACCCCUGGAAAAAUGCUCUUAUUAUUAAAACCUUCAACAAGACAGUGGGCUAUACCUUCCUUUAUGCUAGCAUCAAAGCUCAGUGGAAACCGACAGGUAAGUGGGAAUGUAUUGAUCUUGGUCUUGAUUAUUUUCUUGUUCGUUUUCAGGAUCAGGUUGAUCUCAACAAAGUCAUCAAUGGAGGACCUUGGUUUGUCGGUAGUUCCUAUCUCACCAUUAGACCAUGGGAGCCCAACUUUAAGCCUGAAAGUGCUACUUUUUCACACACAGUCAUCUGGGCUCAGCUCCCAGGUCUCUCUGCAGAGUACUAUGAUCCAAUCUCACUGCACAAAAUUGGCAAUACUAUUGGGACCCUUCUUCGCGUGGAUGCCCACACUGCGCAUCACACACGAGGUCAGUACGCUCGUGUGUGUGUUCGGGUCGAUCUCAACAAGCCAUUGGUAAAGAUUGUUCGAUUGGGGAAAAUUCGCCAAAAGGUGGCUUAUGAAGGAAUUCGUGGGCUCUGUUUCUCAUGUGGCAGGAUUGGUCAUCGCAAAGAACAAUGUACAUUUAAAUCUUUAGUGGCCACACCUGUGGGGGAUAGGAGUGUUGAGGCUCAGAGGGAUGGCUCCAUAGAAUCUAUCAACAAACAAGUGGAGGCUACCCCUAGCAAAAAUGCCAGCGAAGAUGAAUUUGGUCCUUGGCUCAUCGUCGAACGAAGGAAAAAGAAGAAACCAGUGAAAGUGAUGCUGGAUUCCUUGUCGUUCGGGAGGAACAGUAACCACAGGGACUACAAUGAACAUGGUGAUUCGUACCGGAAUGUCGGAUCAGCAAUCCAACCAACCCAACAGGGUCCGAGACCCAGAAGAGCUAACGAAAAAAUGACAGGUGCAUUGAAUGUGAAAAGCCAAUUCAAACCUGUUAACAGAACGGAAACAAAGAUGACCGUUAAUUCCUCUGAUUGUAAAGUUAUGGAUUCUAGGCCUAAUGGAGUCCAGGCAAGUAGCGUACCAGCAUCUAAGGGGAAAGAAGUGUUGGAGGUGGGCACAUUAACUACUCUCAUCUUUGAACAAAGCAACAACCCAACUCCCUCGAUGGACCAGCCCAUAAAGGAUCUUAUCAAAACUAAUGGGCUAUCUAAGCCCAUCACCAGUAAGCCCCACUCUCUGGAAGUUUCCUUGCUAAGUGUUAAGGACAGGAUUAAAAAUUUGGAAAAAGGUUGUUCUGCAGUUAUCCCUAUACCCAGUUCAGGUUCGUCUUUUUUCGCCUCUCAGGAUCUCAAUCAUGGACAACCUAAGGAUAUCACCAACACUUCCACAGCUCAGCCCCAAUUGGCAAGCCCUCCUGACGCACAACGGGAAAAUGAUACUUCUAGAGGAAGCACUAGAUCUGACACUAUCUUGGAAGGGGAAAACACACCAACUAUGGAAGGAGGAGGACCUGUUUCAAGCUUGGCGCAGCCCUCUUGUAACCCUCAAAUCCAUAGAUCCAACUCCUUUUCUAACCUUGGUUCCAACACUAAAGGAAGAUACGACCACCUCAGUAGAUCUGUGCAGUAUUCAAAAGCUAGGAUCCAAUUCCGGAGAAGCAGGCAUCGAAAAGAAGCAGGGCCUUAUUCAACCCCUGAGAUUCAUGUGCUCAGUAUGCGAGGAGCACCUUCAACAUGUCGAGAUGAGGGGAAAUGUGGAGAAGAUCCAUGUUACCAUCAAAUCCCUGACUUUGCUAGAAAGGGAGGAGGAUCUGGAGUACGAGUGCCUAAUGCUCCCGUAUCACUUUCCGAAUGCAACAAUGAUGUUGCUGCACAAGGAAACCAAGGUGCCAAUAUGCUUUCUUGGAAUUGCCGCGGUGCGGCCAAAAUGGAAUUUCGCAAUCGAAUCUCUGAUUUAAAGAACCAGUACUCUCCAUCCAUUAUGUUGAUUCUUGAAACUAAAUUGUCUGGUCAGGAUGCACGAGAUGCAGCUGCUAAGUGUGGAUUUCCCUGUUCCCACAUCGUAGAUUCACAAGGGAGAGCAGGAGGAGUUUGGUUGCUAUGGGAUGAUGAGGAGGUCUUUGUUGAUGUUGUCAUCUCUUCUCACCAAGCCAUCCAUGCUAUUGUAAAGGUACGUUCUCAUCCUUUAUUCUCUAAUUGUCAUUGGUUCCUUUCUGGGGUUUAUGGUAGACCUCAAUUUGAAUUGCGUUCCCAAUUAUGGGAGGAGUUGCGUGUUGUUGCAAACCAAUUUACUGGUCCCUGGCUAGUUAUGGGGGAUUUCAAUGAUGUGGUGGACCAAACUGAAAAAUUUGGUGGUGCCCCCGUUUGCCAAUAUCGAGUUCGUGCUUAUACCAAUUGCAUGAGUGAUUGUAACCUCAUGGAUAUUGGAUAUACUGGAGGUAGGUUCACUUGGAUUAAUAUGAGGGAGAAUAACCAGGUUAUUAGAGAGCGUCUUGACAGAGCUUGGGCUAACCCGGAUUGGCGCCUCUUAUUUCCCAAUGCUAAUGUCUAUCAUCUCCCCCGUAUUAGCUCAGACCACAAUCCCCUGCUUCUUCAGCUUGAUGUCCCACUAAAUAGAAGUGGAGCCAGACCUUUUCGACUUGAGAAAUUCUGGUUGGACCACCCUGAAUUCAAAGAAAUCAUCACCCCUAUUUGGUCCAAUUGUGAUUCCUCUACCUCUCAAUGCAUCCAAGCUACCCAAACUUCUUGCAAAAUAUGGAGUAAAUGCACUUUUGAUAAUAUCUUCAGUAAAAAGAGAAAGCUGAAUGCCAGGUUAGAGGGCAUUCACAAGGCUCUCUCUGUCAAGCAUUCUAACCUUCUAUCUAGCCUUGAGAAGGACUUGAUUAAGGAGUAUGAGCAUGUUCUCAAACUGGAGCAAGAUUUAUGGUUUAUGAAGUCCAGAUCUAACUGGAUUAUUGAUGGGGAUCGCAACUCAAAAUUUUUUCACCUUUCUACCAUAAGGCAUCGCCAUCAUAACCGUAUCUAUGGUCUUAGAACUUCUGGUGAUAUUUGGGUUAAUGAUCAACUUGCUAUCACUAAUCUCAUUAGAGAUUAUUUUCUGGAUCUCUUCACCUCUUCAGUGGAAUGCUCAUAUCAUGAUUCCUUUUCUACCUUGGGGAUCUCUACUCCUGAUCAUAUUGAUUUCUCUUGCUUGGAUAGCCCUCCUACGAAUGACGAAAUUCAUGAUGCUCUUUUCGGGCUGAAGCCAUUUAAAGCCCCAGCAAGUUUUAUCCCUGGAAGAAAAGGUACAGAUAAUGUUCUUAUCCUACAAGAACUUGUCUACUCCUUUUCUAAAAGGAAAGGUAAGACGGGAGACAUGAUUAUCAAGCUUGAUCUGGAAAAAGCUUAUGACAGGAUUGAAUGGAGUUUCAUUAGAGAAACCCUCACGUUCUUCAAGUUCCCUCCUCUGUUUAUCUCCCUUGUGAUGAGCUGUAUCUCUUCCUCCUCUAUCUCAAUUCUUGUUAAUGGCAAUAAGACUGAGGCCUUCCUUCCAUCUAGAGGCCUUCGUCAAGGUGAUCCCAUCUCCCCCUAUUUGUUUAUAUUAUGUAUGGAAUAUCUAUUGAUCAAGCUUGCGAUGGAUACUGAUGCUGGAAAAUGGAAAGGCUCCAAGGCUGGUAUCCCUAUUUCUGCUAAGAGACAUUCCAAGGUUGAUUGCCAAUUCAUUUUGGAGAAAAUCCAUUCGAAACUCACUGGCUGGAAAACCAAGUUCCUCUCUAUGGCUGGUAGAGCCACUCUUAUUUCUUCUGUAUUAGCCUCUAUUCCUAACUUCUAUAUGCAGACCAUGUGGCUUCCUUCUUCUGUUCAUAAGGAAAUAGAUAGAAUUUCCAAUAAUUUUCUUUGGGGAUCUACUGACCAGCAGCGCAAAAUUCACUCUAUAGGCUGGGAUACUGUUUGCUUGCCUAAAAACAAAGGAGGGCUUGGUUUUCGUAGUGCGAGGAAUGCCAACAUAGUUGCCAUGAGCAAGCUCAAUUGGAGGCUCCAUACAGAGAAAGACAAAGCUUGGAGGGAGGUCUUGGUCAGGAAAUAUAACAUUAAAAACUUCUCCUUUGCACCCUCUCCGUCUGCCUCUCCUGUCAUUAAGUGUAUCUCUAAAGGCACUGAGUUGUUUAAGUCCGGAAUCAAGUAUAUUCCUCGCAAUGGCCAUUCCAUUUCCUUUUGGCUUGAUCAUUGGGUUGGUGUUGCUCCCUUAAGGUCUGUUUUAUUUGGUCCUCUCAUCGAAAAUGCAGAGUCUAUUCUUCUUUCUGAUGCUCUUAGUAAUGGUGCCAUCAACAUGGAUGCUAUUGGUUACACCUUGCCAAGUGAUUUGGUCAGGGAGAUCUUGGCUAUUCCUCUAUCGAAUCUCCCUUCUGUUGCUGAUGGGUUCUCUUGGCAAGGGAAAGCUAAUGGUAUUUUUUCUACUAUCUCUGCAUAUAGAAACCUCAUUCCUAUAUCUACCCAGCUGCCUUUGGAUUGGAAUUGGAUCUGGACUACUCCUACACUCCCAAAAAUCCAAAUGUUUUUGUGGCAACUUGCCCAUGGUAGGAUUAAAACCUUGGAGUUCCUUCACCAUAUAGGGAUUGUUGAUGAUCCUGUUUGCAAAAUAUGUAAAGGGCAGACUGAGUCCAUUGAGCAUAUCUUUCAAUUUUGGUCUUCUAAUCCCCUUCCUUCAUCUAAAAGUACUAAGGCUACUAGAUUCAUUGGUUGGGACCCUCCUCCUCCAGGAUGGCUCAAACUUAACACUGAUGGUUCUGCUGUUGGUAAUCCCAAUAAUGCUGGUUGUGGAGGCCUUUUCAGGGAUUAUCAAGGGCAUUGGGUUAUUGGUUUCACACGCAAUAUUGGCCCUACUACUGCACUUGCUGCAGAACUUUAUGCCAUUAGGGAUGGUCUUAACAUUGCUGUUUCUCAUCACUUCCACUCUAUUAUUGUUGAAACUGAUUGUCAGGUUGCUUAUCUUCUUUUGAAUGGUACUGUCAACAGGUUUCACCCUUACAGCACUCUUAUUAUGGAUUGCAAGGCCCUUGUGCACAUGAUUCCCCAAGUCCAAGUGAAGAAUGUGCUGAGAGAGGCUAACAUGGCUGCUGAUGCUCUUGCAAAAAAGGGGGUUCUUGCCCCCCAUGGCUUAAGUGUUUUGUGUGUUUGUCCACCGGAGGUGGAUCUCUUGUGUACUGCAGAUCAUGUAGGGGUUAGCUACCCCAGACUUUAAGUUUUUAUCUAUGUCUUAUUUAUCAAAAAAAAAAAAAAAAAAAAAAUUAUAUUAUAAUUUAUAAUUAACAGUA